AUUAAUAAUAAUGUAUUAUGAAUAAUGUGUUCAGAAGAGGAGCAAAAUAAAUUCUGAUAAUAGAGGAAAGUUAGAAGUGAACCACGUAGCUGGUUCAAAGUCAUUUGUACGACUUCGUCACGACAUGCGAGAUUUCGUCACUAGUCAGGAGCCCGGACCAGUAGACUUCUACAAAGAGACUCACUGUCGGCAGGCGACGGGAUCUUGGGAGGAGAUGGACACCUUACGUAGUCAGCCCACUCCCGAUGGUACUCAGCGGAGUGAGCCAGAGAUCCUGAGUCAGGUGCUUGGCAUCCAUUCUGGAUAUGUGCGUGGGUUUGGCCAUGGUGCCAAGCUCAUGGCACUUGCUAGAGCUGCCUCCAGCCGAUCCAUCGUCGUUGGUGACAGCGUCGUACGCCGAGCUGUUACUGCAAAGAGAGAGAGGUCCAGCAGCUAUGGGUCAUCGUCGAUGACAUCAAAGAUCAGCUGGACAGGCAGAGGGAGGAGCAGGAGAGGAGGAUGGAGGAGAUGCGGGUGGAGCAUGAGCGACGGAUGAUGGAGAUGUUUCAGGUUUUUGCUGCACGCUUACCCACCGAUGCCCCACCACCUCCGCCUUCAUCUUUGUGAUUUUUUGUAUAUUUGUUUAUGAUGUUAAGUUUAUAUGUAUUUAUGCGUGAAUGAAUGUGAUGCGGAUAAGAUUGUUUGUGUUUGGAUGAAUGUAGUUUAUGUUUGGGUUUGGGUU